AUGCAUUGUCUCGCUCCACCUCCCGACGACUUCACGUCCACGUUUCACCUGCACACCACAGCCGUCUUCUCUUCGGCCAUGGCAUUCCUGCCGUUGUUGCACGCGGGCAACCAGCGCAAAAACACGCCCCAAGACGCUCAGAUUCUAGUCACGUCUUCCAAAGAAGGCUACUCGCGCCAGCUGGGCCACAGCUUUGCAUACUCGACUUCGAAAGCGGCCGUGAAUCACUUGGUCAGGAUGUUGGCGCGCACGUUUGCACAAGACCACUUCCGCAUUCGUGUCAAUCUCAUCGCGCCGGGGUUUUUCCCUUCGGCCAUGACGGAGCCGCUCACUCGCUCCUUGCCCGCGUAUCAGGACAGCCACGGUGCCUUUGCCGGUGCAUCUUGCCUUCCGAGCAGCAAGAAUCCGAGCGAGCGGACUGGCAGCGAGGAAGACUUUGCCGCGGCCGUCCUCUUCUUCGCAAGCCCCGCCGGCGCCUAUCUAAAUGGCGCAGAGCUCCUGCUCGAUGGAGGACAGAAUCUAAUCUCCAGUUGA